GCUCUCUGUCACUGCCGGAGAGCUGCAGGCAGACGAGGCAGCAUGCACUAAUGUUGCUAUAUUUGACAAGGCACGUGCACACCCUCUCUAGCCACAUGCACGGCUGCACGCACAUAUGAGAAAGGGGAAGGGAAGGCGAGGGCACCAGCUCUUUAAGACACACGGGAUGCGGCUUAGCGCUGGAAUCACAAACAUAGCGACACACGGAGAGGGGUAAUGCAUGACGCCAGCUAACCCACCCCGUUUUUGCUCGCUCUCUUUCUCUCUCUCUCUCUCUCUCUCUCCUUCUCUCCCAGACACACGCUCACGCCUCUCAGACACACGGCAGAGCACGAGCCAGGGAGCGGGACAUCCUUGGACGUGUCAUUCAUAUAGGGAAAAGAUCAGAAGGGAAGGAUUAACUCUCUCCAGCCUUCUCCCUCUAAGGAUUUUAUCCUCUCUUCCCUCCUCGUGUUCAUCUAUCUUCACCUUUUUUUUUUUUAACAAUCCCCCGUUUUUGCACAAUUCAUGGGUUGGCUGAGUGAAACAAACUGAUCACAAUCUUGAGCGUAUGGAUUGCUUUAACUGAAGCAGUGGCAGUUUUUCCUUCAAUGUUUUGUCCUGUGAGAAUAUUUUUGACUGCUCGUUUUCCUAAACAAUACCUUUGGAUGAACGGCUGACAGCAGCAAGCUGUGAGGCUGGUGCCGACUGAGGUAUGUGGUGAAAAGGUGAUUUGCUGCUGUUUUUUUCUCAGCCACUGUCCACGUGGAGCCUGCAGGCAUGACGGCCUGACCCCAUCAUACCCCCACUCCUCUUGCAGAGGAAGGCCACAUACUUCUGUGUCAUGCCCCCUUACAUCCACCCCCCGGGGGGCACUGGCCUGUCUCCAGCCAGCGCUUCCUACCUCUACUUGACCAGACAUGUCUUCUGCGUUUUGGGCCUCUUGGCCAUGUUGCUUUUGCCAGCCUCCUCGUGCCCUCCUUCCUGUCUCUGCUCCUCGGACAGCCUUCUUGUGGACUGCGGGGAACGUGGCCUCUCCUCCCUGCCUCCCAUGCACCUCCUGCCUCCAGGAAGCCGCUCCCUGCUGCUAGCCAACAACAAGCUCGCCUCACUGGGAGUCUCAUCCUUCGCUAACCUCUCCUCUUUAGAGGAGCUGGACCUUUCUAACAACUACCUGGAUAAUCUACCAGCUGGAUUGUUUAGAGACAUGUCCAACUUGACAAAACUGACUCUGCACAACAACUCACUAACAGUAAUGGAGAGAGGCCUCUUCCAGGGUUUAGGGAACCUCCAGAGUCUGGACUUGUCAUUGAAUGGUCUGUCCAUCAUUCCCAUUGGCUUAAUGGAUGACCUGCAGCAUCUCAGGUGGCUCUCCCUGGCAGGUAACAGACUCCACGGUUUAGAGAGGGCAGCGUUUGAGCCACUGGCCAACCUGCAACACUUAGAACUGGGACAGAACCCCUGGGAAUGCGACUGCAACCUCCGUGAUUUCAAACAUUGGAUGGAGUGGCUGAUGUACCGAGGGGGUAAGGUGGAUGCACUGGAGUGCACGCUACCGAAGGACCUGCGUGGGAGGGACAUACGCGGCGUACCGGUUGAGAUGUUCAACUACUGCCUCCAACUUGAAGAUGAGAACGGAGGAGGAGGGGGUGGUGAGGGUGCUCGUCCUGGACAAGGAGGCGGUCCUCCAUGCAGCAGGAGUGCUCUUAGCCCAAGUGGGGCAACACCAGUUUCUGACAACAGCGGCAGCGCCGGCAUUGACUCCUCUUCAUCCACAGGGGGUGGUGGAGGCGGGGAGGCCUCGUCGGAUUGUGUCCGGGCCCGCUACAAGCCCGUGAGCGUGCGCCGCGCCAUUGGCACAGUGGUCAUUGCUGGCGUUGUGUGCGGUAUUGUAUGCAUCAUGAUGGUGGCCGCCGCUGCUUAUGGGUGCAUCUACGCUUCUCUGAUGGCCAAGUACCAGAGAGAGCUGAAGAAGAGGCAGCCAUUAAUGGGGGACGGAGAGGCUGAUGGGGAGGACAGGGAAGACAAACAAAUCUCCUCUGUGGCCUAAAAGAGGGCUGGGACAGAGGAGAGCUGGCAAGUCAAAAGGGUGAAGGUUAAAAGAGAUGAAAAUAAAAGGGCUCAAAGAGGAGAGACAUGGACCGGCUUGUUUUCUACUUACGGACAUCAUUGUAUCGCUCCCUCUGACUCUCAUACUGACACCUCUUUCCCAUUUUCUCUUCCUUUCCUCAUUCGUAAUCUAUUUUUAACCUCCUCCAGUCUUGUCCUUCUCUCUAACAUACUCCCCCACACAGAAACCUUAUCUGCUCCCCGAUAUUCUCUUCAAUUUUGGACCCAUUGUCUGCAGUAUUUGUUACCAAUUAUUCCUACAAGUUGCCUGCCAGCCACUAACCGCAGCUAAAUUUGCAAUUUUAUUAGCUCUGAGAAAAAAACAAAACCUGAUUUGGUUCUCUCUGUAUUAUGAAACAUAAUUUAAGAUGUUAUAACAAUCCAUGCUGCAUGGUCCGUCAGUAUUUAUAAAUUUUGUCUGAAGAUCCAGGCAUUCACAGCACACACGGACCAGUGUUGGCACCGAUUAGGAGAAUUUGUGCCAUCUUCCCAGUUAUACCCUCUACAGCCAAGGGUUACUCAGAAAAAUCAGGAUCCCAAUACAUUUGUCCUCUUCCGGCACAUCUUUUCUUUACCUCUGACACUCCAGCGAAUGACUGAUCAUAAGAACCACAUUGGGGAUAUUUGUGUUAAAUUAAAAAGAGGGCCGUAAAAUUUCUUAUAUAUGCUAAUGAUGCAUAAAAUUCCUACAGAAAAAAGAUCCCGAUUGUCAAAAUCUAAGAAAAUGCAUGUAAUCAACUACAUCAACUUCUGUCUCUCUACCAGAAGCCACCGCUUCUCUGGAUCUUUUCUGGACUAACAAAGAUCAACAAGCGGAAACUGCAGCCUAAUGAACUCGUCUGUCAGAAUAACCAGAAAGAUAUGGUAGCAUUUUACUGCAAUUUUAUAUCGAUGAACUUGGCAUGUUCAGGAAAAAAAAAUGACGCUUGUAAAAUGGUUUGGAUAAACCAAAAUCUCAAUUAGAGUAUAGAAAGCGGUAAAACUUUACUUGUGGAUUAGUUGUGAACAUUUCUGGGAGUGACAAGGACUGAUUUUAUUCCCUAUUCACCCGCCAAAGACGUAAAGAUUUGCUACAGUGGCAUGAACAGCAAUCUCAAAGAGUACCGUCAUCUGCUAAAGACAACAAAAAGUCAUCUAUGAACUACAAAUGUCAGCCUCCUGCACUUUAAAUCCUUUAUCAGAUACCCUCUGGUCGCUCUCCCAGUGUGUCGUUCCUCCUUUCAUAGACAGAUAAAUCACCCUGCAGGAUUAUAACGACAAGGAUUAUACAAAAAAGCUGCUAUUUUGCUCCCACAUCCUUUUUUAUCUUCUCAUCCAUUUUUCUACCUGGUGAUAUUUGAGGAAGGUUUCUCCACACUGCUUAAGGACUUCAUCCAUUCCUUUAAACAAACCCUCCCUCAAAGUGUUUUCCUUUUAUUUACAAUGAAAGGUCUGCAUUAUGCAAUGUAAACCAUUUUUCUGUUAAAAGGUCGUCAGCGCUACUUUGAUAGAAAUAUGGUUGCGUUAAUAUACAUGUAUAGUAUUCGGUUUGUAUGCUUCACAUUGUGUGUUCAUUAUCUUGAUUGACGCCCAGAAAGAUUUAUGUGAACAAUUGUUUCAGGUGCACGGACAGUGACUUAAGUAGCAUUUAUUGCAUACUGCUUCCUUGAAGUAAAUCUGUUCCCUUUGAAUUUCUGAUUGGCUUGGAAUGAACCUAUAUUGUUAGCGUGUCUCUGAUAUCAGACUAUAUUGCAGCUUAUAUUUUGCUAGUCUACUACGAUGUGUUGGCCCAGAAAUUCCAAAAUGUUUCUGAUGUGUCUGUUCUUGGUUUCUUGUAUGAACCCAUAAUGUAUGUGUCCUUUGUUGUGUCGAUGGACUCAGUUUUUUUGUUUUGUUUUAGAUUUUAAUAUCGCUGCACCAGUUAUUUGUUGUGUCCUUGCAACAACCGGUAACGUUAAUGUAAGAAACUUAGGCAGAGUUUAGAUUCAGGAUGGGCUUUAUGCUGCCUUGCCUCUGUUAUUUUGAAUUAAAACUAACUUUUAUAAAAGGACUAAUAAGACUUUUUUGCUAUAUUAGCCGAAUCUUCUUGUCUGCACCCAUAAAAAGCAUAUAAAUCAUUCACAUAACCAUGCGUCAUAUUCAGGUUUCUAAGAUCUUACACCAUUGCCCUGAAUUAAAAACAACCAUAAUUUUAAAUGCCAGCUUUUUGUGUGAUUAGGGUUAUCAUCAGGUUAAAAAGUAGAUAUAUGGAGGUGCAAAAUGGGUAAAAGGUUUAAAGAAAUCACACUGAAAUUGCUAAUGAUUUUUCACCAUGCACCGAGAAGGUGAAAGGCGAGGUCUGACUUGAAUACAAUUUGGUACACAUGCAUGAACAAUAGGUUUGUAAAUUGUUUGGUUUUUAAGAAGCUAGCAUAUACAGAAUGGCCACUACCGUCCAAAAGUAGUGGGAUUACGAAUCAAGCAAUAUUGUAUAAGCAGUUUUUAUACAAGCUAACAGAGUAAAUACCAAGUUUUCCAAACACCACCAUAUAGACAUAUCUAAAACUGCACUAUGAUCGGCCUUGGACUUGUUUGUCCAAGGCCGAUCAACAACAAUCUUUAGGCAGUGCACGAAUAGUUGGAGGUUCAAAUUAAUUAAGCAUCCCAUUUUAUUCAAAAGUUAAAAUAGGUAAUAAAUAAAUAAAUAAGUUUUAACAUCAAAUGAUUACCAGGAAGGUUUCCUGGGGUUGAUAUCCCAAAUGGGAAAAUAAGACAUUUCACGUCACAUCCAAACUCAAAAUCAACAUGGCCAUAGUACAAAAUGGUAAAUUUCUAUCAAAUCAAAUCUUUCACACACAAAACUAAACAUGCUGCUACAAAAUGCAAAGAUUUACACGGUUAUCAGCUUGUAUUGCUGAUAGCACUUAGUCUGGUCAUCCAGCAAUUAGCAGAUGGCACAGGCUGGAAAUUUAACAUGUUUAAUUUGGGUUUUAUGUAACGUCAUGAACCAAGAAACAAAAUGAGAGAUGGAUGGAACAUACCAUAAGCAGACACCAGCACUUUUUCUGGGUUCACUGUUAUCAACAUGACUUUAUAAACAGAGAUUUUUCUCUACUGCACUUUUCUUCUGAGAAGACUCUUAAGUAGCAAAGAUGGUUGUGUUUGAAUAACAUCUUUAUAGCUGUUGCCGUUUUGUAGCUCUGCCUCACAGCUAAUUUAUGACCAUUUACCUUGAAAAUAAAUGGUUCAAAGAGUUACUUCUGCAUACAGCUAAAGGCAGCCCAGGAACCACCAGUGGUAGUUGUACCACAAACUAUGAAACAUUGCAUUAGAGAUGAUUGCUAAUAUUUGAUGGCAUUACCGGGUACACUCCUGCAGAGCUACUGCAUUUUGUGUUUGGAUGAGGCUAUAUGGUCAUGCCGUGCCAUUACCCAGUUUUGGGCACCUUUACUACACGAUGUGUAUAGGUACCAUCAUGUCCACCUUGUUACCAACAUCAGGCCACUGGGACCUCUGUACACCCUGCACAGGUGGUAGCUGUAUGAAACAACCACCUGACCUUAUGCAUAUCAAAGAUGUAACCUCUAUCAAACUCUGCCAAUGGUACUAAUGCUGCAUAAUGCAUAUACAAAGCAUCCCCUUUGCCUGUGCCCUUCACACAUUGUUCUGAUUGACUAAUGGACACGUUGGUAACUUGUGCCCUAUACCCAAUUUCUAGAACUGGCAGCUUCUUUAAAAUUGAAUAAUUUACAUACUGAUGCUGGUGCAUGGGCAUCACAUUAUGUGCAAAUUGGAUCAUUCCUUAUUGCUCCUUCACGUUCUUUGCAUUAGUGUACAAAGAUAGAUCCUGCCUCUACAGUCUUUACGUAUGACAGGAUAUUUUCACCCAAAAGGCAGAAUGCAUCAGCAGUGUGUUGCAUGCAUGAAAAGAAAUACAUCUACUUAGUUUAGUUAUGGUAACCCAUGAAUCAACACAGGUUAAAUCUGAUCAUUGACUAUCCUGUUUUUUUUUUAUGUCUGUUAAUUACAUGCAUGAAAUGAGGUUGCAGCACUUAAAAUUUCACCUUUGAAGAUUUUGAGUUCCACGUUUAUGAGCGAGUUCUCCAAUUUCCAAAUAUCACAGAUCAGCCCAAGCUCUGCUAAAAGGGUUAUUUCAGAUUUGAUUUAUUUUUUUUAGAAGAGAAGUUCUGUGAAGUUAUCAUCGGUAACAGUUCUCUUACUUGCAGUAGACACAUGCGAUAUUGCAGGGGUUUUCUACGAAAGUGAAUUAGUCCUCAGAGUGUUGGGAGGCUAACAGCUCAUCAGCCGUAGCCACUUUUUAGCUGCAUUCAUCCGUCUGACAACUACAACCGAAAUGUUCUAACCAGUAGCACAUUGGUGGAUAAUAAACAUCCAGAAUCAUCUAUGCUGCAGCACUAAUGAAAACCUUCAAGCAAACUCAAUCUUGGCAGGCAUGGACUCACGGCUUUAAAGAACCUUGCUUCAAAAAAUAAUAAUUAUUAACCAUUAACGUAAAACUUAGUAACUUUGGGGAAAAUGGAAAUUUAGGGAUAAAAUAUGCAAUGCUUAGCUCUGCUUAUGAGAUUACUGACAGCAGACGACGAUAACGGUUCAAGCAGCACUGUUCAACACAACUUAGGGACCCUGUAGCUGCUGAAUGGUUAUUGUGCCUUUUAUACUGUACAUACAUUACACACAGAGGGACUUACGCAACCUAAAAUAACUGCAAAAAACACAAAUAGCUACUUCAUUAAAUUGGAGAAAAUUUGGGUUAUUUAACUUUCAGAAGAUAUGUAACUGCAAUAUUAUCACAAUGGCAGUUCUAUUAACCAUUUUUCCACACUUUCUUCCCCGUCUUUAUGAUGCCUCCACACUAAAAUAUUAUCAACAUGCAGAGCAUGAAAAUAGCAACACUGCAAAUUGUGAUUCAAGAUAUGAUCCUUAAGUUGAGUAAAAACAUUUGUAAGUUGAAGUUAAAUCAAUAGAAAAUGCCUGCCUGUUAUGCUAAAGAUCACUUUUAGAGACCAACUAAACUCUGUCUAAGGAUCUAGAAAUAUAUUCCUCUAACGACCUGGUCUGCAGGUCUUAUAAUGUUGACAGCUAAUCAUCUUAGCUAGCUUAAUCCUCUUUAUAUAGCCUUGAUGUAUAAGGAAUAACAAAUUAUAUUUUGUUACAUAAACAAGCAGCAGCAAAGGCAGCCAUGAUGACUGAAGGCCUCAGUGACUGCACAGCCCAGAAGUAUACGGUCUGUUGUCUAAUGAUUGUGAUUAUUACGAUGCUGAUAAGAUGAUGGUGACGAAGCAUUUUUCUCGUCUAUAUAUUUUGAUUUCAAUAAAAACAUAUCACACCUGUGUCAACUGUAUGUUUAAACUAUAUACUCCAUUAUUUUCACAUUAAAGUGAGGUAAAAACAGA